UGCUGCACGCAUUUUCUAUUCUCUGAAGUUUAAAUUUAACUUCUGAAAUCCAAGUUAACAAAAGCGACAGCAACACGUAAUCAUCUACGACGAAUAGAAAUGGAAAUCAAUCGGCUUUCGGCUCUCGUGUUUUGCGUGGCGGUGAUCGCACUGGGACUCGUGGAUGCUGCGGAUCCAGUGUGGUGGAAAACAGUGACCCGCAAUCCUGCUACGUGCAAAAAGAAACUGGGCUUCCUUUAUUUGGACGAGUUCAAAGAUGUCAAUUUGGAAAUAUCGAAAACAUGUGCCAUCGUGGAUAAGUUCUGGAACGGCGACAAAAAAGAUGAAGAAAUUGAGUGGUGCAGAAGACUUUAUGCCACACAACACAUCAGCUAUCAAAUUCAAGGACCCAAAUUUCCGGCAGGGACUGAGCUGGAAACUCUGAAAAAAAAUGUGGGACUUCAGGUCAUGGUCGAGAUUAACUGCUUCGCAAACAACGGCAAUUGGCAUCAUGGAGAGGGUAAUUCCUCGUUUAUCCAUUUCUUGUGUAAAAAAGAACUUCUUGAUCCGGAAUUGGUGAAGAAUGACACCCUCGUAGACCUGACAGAACAGGCCGGGGCAGUUACGGACACAUAUUACUUUUACAAGAAUGAAAACGAGGUCCAAGAAGCAAGCAGUAAGUUCUUCGAGUACUGGGUGGUAGAUUCUAGCUUCGGUGUGAAACACGCAGCAGGUAUGGGACUCAUUCUGACAACACUCGUUAGCCGAAUGUUCCUCUCGGAAUAAUUCACCUCUCGUGAACAAAGGAACGAAAGAACUGAACAACUCGCCGCAUCCGAAACUUUCAUGGAAACCGCAUCAUUGAGUGCUUUUGGUGUUAAUGUAAUAAAUCAAUAAACGAACUACUUUUUCUACCGAUAGUAUUAUUAAGUGAAUCUUGUUAACUAUCCCCCUCCCCCCGUAGGUUGUUCCAAACGACGAUGCAUAACCCCAGUUGUAGUAAAAGAAGAAAUUGACAAUAUUUCAACUAAUAAAUGAAAUCGAGAAGGGGGAAUAGGGCGCAUGUCAAAAAUAUCCCCCCUUAAUAGACCAAGUGAACAAUCUCCCCGCUAAAAUUAUUGGGCAAAUUCAAGACAUAAGGCCUGCAUGUACUAUGCUCAAAUCUGAUUGGCUGAAAAACAUUACUCAACCAAGUGAACCCCCCCUAAAUUGAUUAUGGGGAGAUAGUUAACUAGGUUCGGGAAUAGUUAAAAAGAUUAUAUAAGUCUUGUGUCACUGCUGUUUCUAUCUUUAAUC